GGGGCACAGUGAGGCUGCGCAGAGGCCGAUUUAAGAGGAGGCGGGGCUUCGUCUUUGGCCUGUAAGAAAGACUGUAGGGUCGGCUACUGGCGACAGCGGUAACCGAUCCUGAGCCCUGCCAGGGCCUUGGUCUUUAGAUUCCUAUCUGACCAAAGCUACCUCAAAAAGAAGGAAAAAUGGCUUCCGAAUCUGAAACCCUGAAUCCCAGUGCUCGUAUAAUGACUUUUUAUCCAAGCAUGGAAGAGUUCCGGAACUUCAGUCGAUACAUUGCUUACAUUGAAUCCCAAGGAGCUCAUCGGGCUGGGCUAGCCAAGGUUGUUCCUCCCAAGGAGUGGAAGCCGCGAGCGUCCUAUGAUGACAUUGAUGAUUUGGUCAUCCCUGCACCCAUUCAGCAGCUAGUGACAGGGCAGUCUGGUCUCUUUACUCAGUAUAACAUACAGAAGAAAGCAAUGACUGUUCGUGAGUUCCGCAAGAUUGCGAAUAGUGACAAAUACUGUACACCACGCUAUAGUGAGUUUGAAGAGCUUGAACGGAAAUACUGGAAAAACCUCACAUUCAAUCCUCCAAUCUAUGGUGCAGAUGUGAAUGGCACUCUCUAUGAGAAGCAUGUGGAUGAGUGGAACAUUGGCCGGCUGAAGACCAUCCUGGACUUGGUGGAGAAGGAGAGCGGGAUCACCAUUGAGGGGGUGAACACUCCGUACCUGUACUUUGGCAUGUGGAAGACGUCCUUUGCCUGGCAUACGGAAGACAUGGACCUAUAUAGCAUCAACUACCUGCACUUUGGGGAGCCAAAGUCUUGGUACUCUGUGCCGCCUGAGCAUGGGAAACGGCUAGAGCGUCUCGCCAAAGGCUUUUUCCCAGGAAGUGCUCAAAGCUGUGAAGCUUUUCUCCGCCAUAAGAUGACCUUGAUUUCCCCGCUGAUGCUGAAGAAGUAUGGCAUUCCCUUUGACAAGGUGACUCAAGAAGCUGGAGAGUUCAUGAUCACGUUCCCGUAUGGUUACCAUGCUGGUUUCAACCAUGGCUUCAACUGCGCCGAGUCUACCAACUUUGCUACCCGUCGGUGGAUUGAGUAUGGCAAACAAGCUGUGUUGUGCUCCUGCAGAAAGGACAUGGUGAAGAUCUCCAUGGAUGUGUUUGUGAGGAGGUUCCAGCCAGAACGGUACAAGCUCUGGAAAGCUGGGAAGGACAGCACCGUCAUCGACCAUACUCUGCCCACACCUGAAGCCGCUGAGUUUCUGAGGGAGAGUGGACUGUCCACAAGAGCUGGGAACGAGGAGGAGUGCCCGGAGGAGGACAUGGAAGGAGUUGAGGAGGAAGACAUGAAGAGAAGCCUGGCCAAGCACCGUAUAGGGACAAAGAGGCACCGAGUGUGUCUUGAAAUACCGCAGGAGGUGAGUCAGAGUGAGCUCUUCCCCAAGGAGGAGCUGAGUUCUGAACAGUAUGGGAUGACUGAGUGCCAGGCUACCCUCGCCCCUGUGAGGCCCACACACAGCUCCGUGCGACAAGUUGAGGACAGCCUGCCCUUCCCAGAUUAUUCUGACUCCACGGACGUUAAAUUUGAAGAGCUCAAAAAUGUCAAACUAGAAGAGGAGGAUGAGGAAGAGGAGCCAGAGGCAGCUGCACUGGAUCUUUCUGUGAAUCCUGCUUCUAUAGGGGAACGCCUUGUUUUCACUGGUUCCAAAAAGAAAUCCUCUUCCAGCCUGGCCUCCAGUUCUUCUGGGGAUUCCAUUUCCUCGGAUUCAGAAUCCAGUGAACCUGUCUCUUGCCAAGGCCAAGGGCAAACAGGAGCUCUCACUGUGCACAGCUAUGCAAAAGAGGAUGGCAGGACCACCACGGGAGAGCCAUGCAUGAAGAAGAAAUGCAGGGCUCCCAGAAGAAUCAGCGAGCAGGAGCUGGCAGAGGUUGCAGAUGAGUACAUGUUUUCCCUGGAGGAGAACAAGAAGUCCAAAGGUCGCCGCCAGCCCUUAAGCAAGCUCCCACGCCAUCACCCACUGGUAUUGCAGGAGUGCGUCAGUGAUGAUGAGACCUCUGAGCAGCUGACCCCAGAGGAGGAGGCUGAGGAGACAGAGGCUUGGGCUAAGCCUCUGAGCCAGCUGUGGCAGAACCGACCCCCAAACUUCGAGGCUGAAAAGGAAUUCAAUGAGACCAUGGCUCAGCAGGCUCCUCAUUGUGCCGUCUGCAUGAUCUUCCAGACAUACCAUCAGGUCGAGUUUGGAAGCUUCAGUCAGAACUGUGGGAGUGCUUCAGAACUAGUCACCCAGACUCAGAGGACCAAGCCACUGAUUCCAGAAAUGUGCUUCACGUCAACGGGCUGCAGCACAGACAUCAACCUUUCCACCCCUUACCUGGAGAAGGACGGCACCAGCAUGCUCGUGUCCUGCAAGAAGUGCAGUGUCCGCGUCCACGCCAGUUGCUAUGGCGUGCCUCCUGCAAAGGCUUCUGAAGAAUGGAUGUGUUCUCGGUGUUCCGCCAAUGCCCUUGAGGAGGACUGCUGUUUAUGCUCAUUGCGAGGAGGGGCCCUGCAGAGAGCAAAUGACGAUAGGUGGGUGCACGUCUCCUGUGCUGUGGCAAUUCUGGAAGCAAGGUUUGUCAACAUUGCAGAAAGAAGUCCCGUGGACGUGAGCAAGAUCCCCCUGCCCCGCUUCAAACUGAAAUGCGUCUUUUGUAAAAAGCGAAGGAAAAGAAACGCUGGCUGCUGUGUGCAGUGUUCUCACGGCCGCUGCCCGACUGCCUUCCAUGUGAGCUGUGCUCAGGCUGCCGGGGUGAUGAUGCAGCCCGAUGACUGGCCUUUUGUCGUCUUCAUCACCUGCUUCCGGCACAGGAUUCCCAAUCUGGAGCGUGCCAAGGGGGCCUUGCAGAGCAUCACCGCGGGCCAGAAAGUCAUUAGCAAGCAUAAGAAUGGGCGCUUCUACCAGUGUGAGGUGGUCAGGCUCACCACUGAGACCUUCUAUGAAGUCAAUUUUGAUGACGGCUCCUUCAGUGAUAACCUGUAUCCUGAGGACAUAGUGAGCCAGGACUGUCUCCAGCUGGGACCUCCUGCUGAAGGAGAAGUGGUCCAAGUGAGAUGGACAGAUGGUCAAGUCUACGGAGCGAAAUUUGUGGCUUCCCAUCCCAUCCAGAUGUACCAGGUAGAGUUUGAGGAUGGCUCACAGCUUGUGGUUAAGAGAGAUGAUGUAUACACGCUGGAUGAAGAGCUUCCCAAGAGAGUCAAAUCUAGACUGUCAGUAGCUUCAGAUAUGCGCUUCAAUGAGAUUUUCACUGAGAAAGAAGUUAAGCAGGAAAAGAAGCGGCAACGGGUUAUCAACUCAAGAUACCGGGAAGAUUACAUCGAGCCUGCACUGUACCGGGCCAUCAUGGAGUAGAUGCUUCCAGGGUCGAGGAGGUUCCCAGCCUUCAAGGCAAGAGCACUCUGCGGUUCCACAGCACAGCAGAAACUUGGAACUCAGAUGUCUCUAAAAGUGAAGAUGUAAAAAGAAAAGGAAUGAAAUGCCCCAUCCCAUCACCUUCUCACCUCACCCUCUUCGCAUUCCGCCAUAGUGAAAAGACAAGCCGUUUGCGGACACUUGGCAGCCAUUGCUGAUCUCUAGCUGAGGAGCUGACACUGGAAUGCUGUGACUGCAUCAGUCCUCAGUUCAAAAAGGGAUCAGCUUAGCUGGUUGUCCUAUUCCUGGCCUGGGAUGACUUGGCUUCCUACCAACCACCUGCACCAACUAGGGAGAGGUGCUGGUGCUUGACCCAACUCCCCCUUUUGUAUUUAUGUGAGUGUGCAUGCGUGCGUGUGUGCGUGCGUGUAUGUAUGUGUGUAGGUUUGGCAUGGACCAGCUUCUGCCAGCCCUUGGCCUUUACUUUCUUCCUUGCCUCUAUGCAGGGCAAACAAAAUGUGAAAUUCUGCCCUCAGCUGAGCUGAGUAAGGGCCUCGGGGAUAUGGUUGGAGGUGGAGGUGCCAUCUGUGCAGGUCUGGAAAAAUCUCAAGAGAAAGCUGUAAAAGAUGCAGUAUUGACAUGAUAGGAGCUGGUGCCACCUCUUUGCCCACCCCCCUUGAAGGAGAAGAGAGGUCAUUUGGUGUGUCCACAAACUCUAUAGUCACAGAGCCUCUGUGGCACAGUAUUUGAGGGUCUGGGUGUGGACUACCCUGAAGGGAGGAUAUUAAUGAUGGAAGCAGGCAGAGCCUGAUGGGUGAUUCUUUCAACAGAAAAUACAAUCAUGCAGGGGAUGGGGUGGGGGUUAUGAUGUAUUGGGGCCACUGGAGGCCAAGGGCAGGUG